CAAGAGUAUUAGUUCGCAAUCGCUAGUCAAAACUAAAGGAAAAAGACUUAUGUUUCGCACUGCACUAUUUUUCAUUUCGGAGUGCUGCAUGUAUUACAUUGUUUUGCAAUCAAGGAAGUGAAAAAAGACAGUAUAACAAUCACAUUUUCUCUCCGGAUGUGAAAAUUCAACGGUGCAACCGUGAAAACUUUCCCCUUCGGAACGCAUUCAAAGAGGUGAACCGGCAAAGUUCAGAUAGAUAACAAAAUGGACUUUCUGACAUUAUUUGCAAUUUAUGGCAUAGUCGUUCUGGGCUGCAUUUUCCUAAUGUGCACAUAUACCAGCCAGGUGGAGACAUCACUUGGAAGGCUGGGCGACUUUUUCACCAAGGUCUCUUCCCUUUUUCUGCCAGAAUGGCUGCAAACAACACUACGUGGUGCCUUCCAUCGUCUUUUCCACCAGCAAAACCGUCUGUUUGUGGCCCUACACUUCAUGCUGGAGGCAGCUGUGUACGGGGAGUUUACUUUUGAAGUUUUUGGCUACUGCAGAGAAAUGGGAUUUGGAAUUAACGGCCUCCUGUGGCCUUAUUGGCUGUUUGCUGUGAAGACCUAUUUCUUCUAUAGAUGCAGCACCAAAGAUCCUGGCACGAUCAGCAGGUCCAAUCAUGGCCAACUUGUUCAGGUGUAUCCGUAUGAUGGAUUAAUGUUCCGGGAAGCCACAUCCUGCCCCACAUGUGAAUUUGUGAAGCCAGCGCGUUCAAAGCACUGCUGGAUCUGCAACAGAUGUGUUCAUCGUUUUGAUCACCACUGUGUCUGGGUGAACAACUGCAUUGGUGCUCUCAAUCUUAAAUAUUUCCUUGCUUACCUGGUCACGCUGACCGCUGCAGUAGCAAGUGUUACUUUGCUGACAGGUGGGCUACUCUUGCAGGCGGUGCUUAGUUCAGAUCUCAUCAAUGCAACCUACAUUGACAACAGCGGACUGACACAUCCAGUUGGGCUUUUCUUCAUCAUUCAGCAUCUGUUCCUGACAUUCCCUCGAAUUGUCUUCAUGCUGGGUUUUCUGAUCUUCCUCUUCCUGUUGCUGGUGGGAUACACAUUUUUCCACUUCUACCUGUCUCUUAGUAACAAGACCUCCAAUGAGUGGUACAAGCUGAGAAGUCUACUAUUGUGCCAUCGCCGUCAUAACUCGCAAGGGAAAAAUCACAUCACUCAGCAAAACAUUUACUUUAAGGGACUUGUGGCCAAUCUGAAAGAGAUCUUUCAACCCAUCAACACUUCUGAGAAGAAAACCAGAUGAUGGGGAUGCCUAAAAUAAGCUGGGGUUGGGGGUCCUGUCACAGUCACUGCUAUUGCGGAAGAUGUUUAUGCAACAAUUGCUGUUUUCAUUGUCCGUUGAAUACAGCUCAGCUGGUAGAACAUCUUGCGUUACAGGCCGUACGGCAGACUUUUCAUAGGUGUGGAUGUGUGUGUGUUCUGUGUGGUAUAGGUGCCAACGUGACUUGGACAUUCCCCUUGCGAGUUGCAGUUUCCCAAAAAAGCUGUAAAAAUGUGAGAACAAUCUGUAAACUUAUUUAUCAAUCAUGGUAAGAGAAUGGGGAGAAAAGAUGUUUUGAUAGACCAAAAUAUAUAAAUAUAUUUAUAUAAAAGAAGUCUCUGAUUU